GAGGAGGAGGAGGGACGGGGGGGAGGAGGAGGGACGGUACAUGGAGUGGUACCUCCAGCGUACCAACCAGGGCGAAGGACCAGCCAGCCAAAUAUGGCAGCUCACUACGGGGAAGAGUUCAUCCGCUCCCGGGGCUCGCCCUCCUCCUUUAACUCCUCUUCAUCCUCUCCUCGUGAAGCGUCUGAUCUAGAACAGGCCCGCCCCCAGACCAGCGGAGAGGAGGAGCUACAGUUACAGCUGGCCCUGGCCAUGAGCAGAGAGGAGAGUGAGAAGGACCAGCGUUGUCUCCAAGGAGAUGAGUCGUUUUUGCAGAGAGCCCUGGACGAGAACAGAAGGGACAGUCACACAGGGACAGGGGAGUCCGCCAUGUUGAAUCUGGUGGAUAUCUUUGGCCCCUCUGAGGCUCCGCCCCCAUCUGACGACCUCUGGGAAGCCCAGCCUGCUGUGACCUCUGACCCCUGGGACUCUGUGGUCCACUCCAACACUCCUGUGAUUGGUAGUCCCUGGAAGACCCGCCCCUCCUCCAGCAGCCCAACCAAUCCUUGGGCUCCGUCACGCUCUCCCACCUGGGAAGCUCCACCCACAUCAUCAUCCAGCCCUGUCAACCACGGCUGGGAGAGCCCGCCCCCUCUUACAGGGGACGGUACUGAUAGGACGGAUCCCUUCUCUGUCAGGGAGGAGGAGGAGUGUAAAGGAGAAGAGGGACCACCUCAACCUGGCAGUCCUACUGGCCCAGAUCUGUUUGGGGAGCGUGUCCUGUCCCCCGAGGUGAACGGGCGAGGGGGGGGCAGUCCGGAGAUGUUUGACCUGUCCCGUCUCGCCCCCCCGCAGGGCUACGCGGCCCCCCGGAUGUGUCGCACCCCAGAAGCCUUCCUGGGACCUACGGGGGCGUCGCUCGUCAACCUGGACGCACUCAUCCCCCCUAAUCCUCCUAGCAGGACCCACAACAACCCUUUCCUCUUAGGUCUGAGUGUUCCCUCUCCCACCAACCCAUUCCACUGUGACCAGCCCCGUCUCACACUCAACCAGAUGCUCCGUCCCUGUUCCACCUCCCCACUCCCCCCUCACACCCUCCCCUACAGCCCCUCUCUCCCCCUCCCUCUCCCACACAACACCCAGGCCUCCCCCGGCCUCCUGGACCUCCCCUCUAACCUGCCCCAUCCCCUCCUCCCCCUCUCCCCCGCCCCAGCCCACCGCGUCACGCCCCAAUCUCACACACACAGCCACAACCCCUUCCUCUGA